CCGGAGCCGGGGGCCAACCGGCUUCUUCCUUCCCUCCCGCCCUGGCUCCCGCCUGCCGGCUCCGGGACCGCAGCCACGUCUGAAAGCUGCCCAUUGUGUGCGCUCCGCUCCGAGCCGGCUGCGCCGAACCGCGCGCAGGCCGCCGGCGGCGCACAGGUUCCCUCCGCGUUGGGUCCCCAGGUGCCUCCAAUAUCUUGUAUCCGUAAAUCCCAUCCCUGGGAUCACCGGGUGCCCCUUAGUAACCUUGAGACCGGCCCCUGCGGACUCGCUGCGAAGAGACAGCAGGCUGUGGAGCGCAACUUGGACGAGACGACGGGAAGCCUCUGCGGAGCCUCGGGAGCCGCGCCAGGUCAGCUAAGGACCCCGAGCUUUGGGGACCUGAAGCCCCUCCAGGCAUCUCCCAUGGAUUUGUGAUUGAGGUGGGCAGUUAUCCCAGCAGCUCUGGACAGUGGCUCCCUGCUGCAGCAUGUGGCUGCCACGCGUCUCCAGCACGGCGGUGACCGCGCUCCUGCUGGCGCAGACUGGCCUCCUGCUCUUCCUGGUCUCCCGGCCCAGGCUGACCUCCCCCGCGGGGCGCGAGGACCGCGUGCACGUGCUGGUGCUGUCCUCGUGGCGCUCCGGCUCGUCCUUCGUGGGCCAGCUCUUCAGCCAGCACCCGGACGUCUUCUACCUGAUGGAGCCCGCGUGGCACGUGUGGUCUGCCCUGUCGCAGGGCAGUGCGCCCGCGCUGCACAUGGCCGUGCGUGACCUGGUGCGCUCGGUCUUCCUGUGCGACAUGGACGUGUUCGAUGCCUACCUGCCCUGGCGUCGCAACCUCUCGGACCUCUUCCAGUGGGCGGUGAGCCGCGCGCUGUGCUCGCCGCCCGCCUGCAGUGCCUUUCAGCGGGGAGCCAUCAGCAGCGAGGCCGUGUGCAAGCCACUGUGCGCACGGAGGCCCUUCGGCCUGGCCCGGGAGGCCUGCCGCUCCUACAGCCACGUGGUGCUCAAGGAGGUGCGCUUCUUCAACCUGCAGGUGCUCUACCCGCUGCUCGCCGACCCGGCGCUCAACCUCCAUAUCGUGCACCUGGUGCGCGACCCGCGGGCGGUGCUGCGCUCGCGCGAGCAGACGGCCAAGGCCCUGGCGCGCGACAACGGCAUCGUGCUGGGCACCAACGGCACGUGGGUGGAGGCCGACCCAGGCCUGCGCGUGGUGCGGGAGGUGUGCCGCAGCCACGUGCGCAUCGCGGAGGCCGCCACCCGCAAGCCGCCGCCCUUCUUGCGUGGCCGCUACCGCCUGGUGCGCUUCGAGGACCUGGCGCGAGCCCCGCUGCCCGAGAUCCGCGCGCUCUACGCCUUCGCCGGCCUGAGCCUCACGCCCCAGCUGGAGGCCUGGAUCCACAACAUCACGCACGGGUCAGGGCCCGGCGCGCGCCGCGAGGCCUUCAAGACCACGUCCAGGGACGCGCUCAACGUCUCCCAGGCCUGGCGCCACGCGCUCUCCUUCGCCAAGAUCCGCCGGGUGCAGGAGCUGUGCGCGGGCGCGCUGCAGCUGCUGGGCUACCGGCCCGUGUUUUCCGAGGACGAACAGCGGGACCUCGCCCUAAACCUGGUGUUGCCGCGCGGCCCCAGCAGCUUCAGCUGGGCGUCGUCCACCGACGCGCACCCGGGGGCUUAGUGGAGAGCCCCGGUUUGUGGCGGUGGCCGGGACCAGGAGGAAACUAUGGUGGGGAGAGAGCCGGGGCACACCGGGCACAGGCCGGUACUGGAGGGGCCGGGAGUUUGGGAGUCCUGUUUUGUAUUAGGAAAGGACUGCGCCCCCAAACUCAUUGUUUCUUUAUUGGCACUUUUUUAUUUUCCUUAAGUUCUUUUCUUGGAGCUGGGUUCCCAUCAGGCACAUUCUUCAUGGAAAGCAAAGCGAGUGCCCCCCUUCCUCUGGGCACUAGGAAUAGCUCAGACGACUUGGCUCGUACUCAAACUCUUUCUUUCCCCUCCUCUCUCACCUCCCUUGGGAUGAUGCAUCUUCCAGCAGCUGAGAAGGGUGUCUCCUCCCUGCCUGGGAGUGGAGGGGCACUGUGGUGAGCUGGCCCCUGAAGUCUGCACGUCUCCCCCCACACACCUCAGGCUCCAUGCCCCCUCACCCUCCAUGUCGCUGGCACCACACUCCAUCAAAGCCGUUCACAUUUAUAUCCACCUGUAUGUUCAGCAAGAAAUCAUACUAGAUGCCUCUUACCUUGUCUCCCCUUAGCCUCUCUGUGUCCCAUCUCCCAGGAGCCCACAGAGCCCCCUCACCUGCCCAGGUAAGGGGAACCUUGGAUUUGUCCUGACAGGAAAGAUUCUACUACAGAAAUAAACAUAAUUAACUUGUGUGAUAGA